AUGAACCGCCAACAUGACUACCGGAGCGAUCAAUCGGAUUUGUUGAGAGUUAAUGGAUUUUCGGAACAGACCAUCGGUUGGGGAGGUGAGGACGUCGCAUUGUACAGGAAAUACGUGAAGUCAACAGUGAAGGUUGUCAGGGCAACUGAUCCUGGAAUCUUCCAUAUCUGGCAUCCUAAGGUCAGAGCGAAUAUAGUAACUACAUUUGUACGCAGCCAUAUUUUAGAAAAAUCCUACCCCUCCACCAAAAUAAAAGCGAAAGGAAAUUACGGAGUAAUGGAGAAGAACGAUGAAGAAGAAAGUUUUGAUUGCUGGUGA